GCUGAUACUAAGUAGCGGCGCCUGUCUGGAUUUGAAACUGUAGCUUCUGACUCCCGCUACAGUUAACUCGGUUACCACAAUUUUAAAGCAAGGGUUUAUAGUAACAACUUCCCGCACCUUUACAUCGCACAGGGAAAGUUGUCAAGUGUCAGGGCCCAAGUUUAACACUGUGGCAGUCUAAGGCUUGGGGGUCCUUUAUUCCAAGGCUGCUGAAGCUCUAGGGAGCAAGGAGAGAACGGACGAAACUUUGCACAUACUUCCUCCCAGAAGAAGAAGAAUCGGAUAGGAACGUAAAUCUGUACGCACGGUUUCCAGACACAAGACCAAUUGAUCUAUUUUCGCUGACGCCCUCCGCUACUUCCGCCAGGAGUCUUUCGAAGUCUUUGGGCGUCAACUACUUCCGCCCUGAAUCUACUGAUGGCGCCGGGCGUCAGCCACUUCCGCCCGAAGUGGACGGCGGCCUAGAAAUGCGCGGGGCUUGAGAUCCCUUUUCCUUCCCGGAAAAGAACCCUUCCCCCUCCCCCCACCUUUUCCAGAGUCCCUCUGGUCAGGGUUGUCGGGAGAAGCACGCUCCUGGCGGUUUGAGACCCUGGCCUGAGGCUGGUGUGGGAGGCGGGGCCCUCCAGUUUAGGCUCGUGGGGCCGGCCCCUAAGCACUAGGGGAAGGGAGGAAAGAUCAGGCCCUGCUGCUCCACCCUCUCCUCCACUACCUCGCCGUGACUUCCUCCGGCUUCAGGACCCCCGGCGGCGAUGGAGUUUGCGGAGCUGAUCAAGACCCCGCGGGUGGACAACGUGGUGCUACACCGGCCCUUCUACCCAGCGGUGGAAGGCACCUUGUGCCUUACCGGCCAUCACCUCAUUCUGUCCUCUCGGCAGGAUAACACCGAGGAGCUGUGGCUGCUCCAUUCCAAUAUUGAUUCCAUUGAAAAGCGGUUUGUGGGAUCAUUGGGCACCAUAAUCAUAAAAUGCAAAGAUCUGCGGAUUAUUCAGUUGGAUAUUCCUGGAAUGGAGGAAUGCUUGAAUAUUGCAAGUUCUAUUGAGGCUUUGUCAACCUUGGACUCCAUCACGCUGAUGUAUCCUUUCUUUUACCGACCCAUGUUUGAAGUGGUAGAAGAUGGCUGGCAUAUGUUUCUUCCUGAGAAAGAAUUUGAGCUCUUCUCUUCAGUUACCAAUGAAUGGAGGCUGAGCUAUGUCAAUAAGGAUUUUACUGUUUGCCCCUCCUACCCUCCAAUAGUUACUGUGCCCAACUGCAUUGAUGAUGAGGCCCUUAAGAAAGUGGCUACAUUUCGUCAUGGUGGGCGCUUCCCAGUACUUAGUUAUUACCAUAAAAAAAAUGGAAUGGUGAUGAUCCGAAGUAGUCAGCCACUAACAGGCACAAAUGGGAGACGCUGCAAAGAGGAUGAAAAACUUAUCAAUGCUACCCUUCGUGCGGGAAAACGAGGCUACAUUAUUGACACUCGGUCUCUAAAUGUGGCUCAACAAGCUAGAGCUAAAGGGGGUGGUUUUGAGCAGGAAGCUCAUUAUCCUCAGUGGAGACGCAUCCACAAGUCCAUUGAUAGGUAUCAUAUUCUUCAGGAAAGCUUGAUAAAACUUGUAGAAGCCUGUAAUGACCAAUCACAUAACAUGGACCGGUGGCUUAGCAAAUUAGAGGCUUCUAAUUGGUUGACUCACAUCAAAGAGAUUCUAACCACUGCUUGCCUGGCCGCUCAGUGUAUUGACAGGGAAGGAGCAUCAGUAUUGAUUCAUGGAACAGAGGGAACUGAUUCUACACUUCAGGUUACCUCCUUGGCCCAGAUCAUCUUGGAACCAAAAUGUAGGACCAUCCGUGGUUUUGAGGCUCUUGUAGAGAGAGAGUGGCUACAGGCAGGCCACCCCUUCCAACAGCGUUGUGCCCAGUCGGCCUACUCCAACAGUAAGCAGAAGUGGGAAGCACCUGUGUUUUUUCUUUUCCUAGACUGCGUGUGGCAAAUCCUGCGCCAGUUCCCUUGCUCCUUUGAAUUUAAUGAGCACUUCCUCAUCCUGCUCUUUGAGCACUCUUAUGCCUCCCAGUUUGGGACUUUCUUGGGCAACAAUGAAAGUGAAAGGUGUAAAUUGAAAUUACAGCAGAAAACCAUGUCCUUGUGGUCCUGGGUCAAUCAACCCAGUGAACUGAGCAAGUUCAUUAAUCCUCUUUUUGAAGCCAACAGCCUGGUCAUCUGGCCUUCAGUUGCUCCUCAGAGUCUUCAGUUAUGGGAAGGAGUAUUUCUACGGUGGAACAGAUCUUCUAAGUAUCUAGAUGAAGCCUAUGAAGAAAUGAUUAAUAUCAUUGAAUAUAACAAGGAAUUACAGGCAAAAGUAAAUACCCUCAGAAGGCAAUUAGCAGAGCUCGAAACAGAAGAUGGGAUGCAAGAGAGCCCCUAAGAUUUUCUCUUCUGGCCCUAGAGUUGGAGCCUUUUCCAUUUCUUCCUUUUCCCCCUUGUGUCUUUCUCCUGUUUUCCUAUGGUUCAUCUUUACACUGAAGUUUGAAAUAUUCUUAAAUGGUGGGAUUGAUCCAAUGUAAUAGAUUUCUGAACACUUCACUGAUGAAAUCUUCAACCCUUAUUUAUGUUACAUAAGUCCUUUUGGGCUACUUUUCUUUGGGGAAAAAAGGAGGAUGAUAGUCAUGUUAGUUGACAUAAAAGUGCUGGCAUAUUUGAUGCCAUUGAUAUUAUAAACCUCUUACACUUAAGUGUAAGCUUAGUCUUAUCCUUUUUAAUCUUAAUGGAUGGCUAGCUGUGGACAAAGAUAAAAGUCCAUCUAAUUAAAGGACUAUCUGGCUUUUUUGUCUUGUGUUUGGUGUUACUAUCAGAUGUCUGUAUGCUUCAGGUGCAAAAACUUGGGUUUUCAGACCUGAAUUGGCAAAUCUAGGCAUGUUUAACACAUCUUUUUCAAACAAUGGCCUUUGUUUAGUAAAAUGGGCUUGUACCUUUUUAAUCCAUAGUUAAGACUGAUAAAGCUAAAUUUACUCUACAUUGAGUUUAUCAAGAAAGGAAAAAGAUAUACUCAAUGUCGUCAUUUCGUUGUUAUAGGACAGUGGCCUUUGGAAGAGAAACCAGGUUAGUCUGAUAGGACUUUGCUUAAGAAUUAAAUUUAUUGAACAAUGAACACUAAGUCAGAGUUCAAAGAAUGUGCAAUAUUAACAUUGAGUUGCUUGGGAGUUUUUUGUUUUGUUUUGUUUUGUGUUUUUAGUUUCUUGACCAUACUUUCUAAGAGUGAACAUGUGAGGGCCAGAAAGGAAACAUCAUUUGGAAGAGGUCAUAAUUUACAUUGUAAAAAACGGUUACUUUUAACCAGAGAUGCACUGCCCUUGUCUAAUGUUCUCAUUGCACUGGGUUUUUGCCUUGUUUUUGUUUUUGUUUUUUUAAGAAUAGGAGUUAACUGAUAUUGAGGUAACAACUUUAUGGUGAUUUUUAUUACAAUGGAUUUUUGUCUUGACUAUUCUCACUUGUCCAUGUUUUCUAUAUCAGACACAUGUGAUUUAAGAAGGACAAAAUAUGUGAUUGUGAUGUAGUACCACAUUUCAAGUUUUAGAAACUUAGUAGAUUAAAAUAUUUCUAAUUGUUAUACAGAAGUAUUAAUGACUUAUUUAUUCUGGUUUCAGUUUUUCCUUCUGCUUAGUCCUAGAAAAUUUGUUGCUCAGCUUUUUCAAUGUUAUUUUUUUUUUAGUAAAAUUAUUAGCCCUUUUUGUUCUGAGAGGACACUAUGAAAGAUUAGGCUUUAAUACCACUCAAUUUAACAUCUAUACAUAUAACUAUUUUAGUGUAGAGUGCUAAAACAUAACUCAGAGUUAGUGCUACUGUAUGUUGUAGAAAAGGAUACAUUUUUGCAGUCCAUUCUUGAAUGUAAAUCUGUGACCACAGUAGCUGUAGAAACUGGCAAAUACAUACUGCUUCUCCCUACCACAUCCAAAAAUGUGGUUCUACCACAUUAAAAGUUUCUAUCUUUUUUCAUUCCUUCUCCUGGCUGGUUAGCAGUAAUUUGAAAAAGUGUCUUUAGUGAGAAGUUUCUUGUAGGUAUUUUAGAAUAGCUGGUAUCUCUGGCUAUAGUGAAUGUUGGGGCAUAAUAGGCCUCAUUAAAGACAAAGGCAAAGAAGGAAAUUGAAUAGUGUACGUGUAUAUAUAGAUAUACAUAUACAUUACAUAUGUGCACAUACACACACAUAUAUCUAAACUGGAAGGCAAACAAAAGGAAAUGCUUUUCAACUUAUAUAUUGAGUCCUGAGAAUGGCCAACUACUUUCCCAACACAUCUAAACCUAUUCUUUUUCACAAUAGGAGACUUUUUUUCUUCCCUCUAAUUACUUAGGCAUAAGGGCAAUUUCUUAGUGACUCCUUAAAUUGAUUAACAUAAUAUGUGAUCCACAGGAACUAUGUAGGCAGAUACAGGGACUAUAUUUAGUACUAGGUCCAAGUGAUGGAGGUAUGACAUAUCAUCCCUGUAUUAUAUUCCCUGGUGAGUUAAGUAUAAUGAAUGUCUGAGCCAGAGUUCUAUAAUAGUAAGGGACAAAAAUCUGCUCCCUCUUUCUCUUCCAGAAAACAGGUGCUAGCACAUGAGGACUGUUAUUGUUGUAUGAAUUGUGCAUUGUAGUACACAUUUGCAGAUAGAAAUCUCAAACUCUGAGAGCCAUUUGGAACAAGUUAGAACCAACUGAAGUGUCCUCCAGUUGUGUGAAAAAAUAAAUUACCUCUGACUUGAUUAAAAAGAACAGGCAAAAGCGUCAAACCUGUUAGAAUGUGCUUGUGGGAUAUUAGUGUUUUUUAAGACUUUAGAUAAAAGCCUUAGGUUUAGGAGAUUGUACUAAACAGCUCCCUAUUUCUCAUCCAGGCUAAUAAAUGCAAGAGGUGAUUUCAUAUAUGAUGGACAACUUCUCUGUUCAUCCAUAUUGAAGAUAAUGGUUUAUAUUUUUAGUUGUAUUUGAAAACAUAAGAAAAAGAAUUUUAAAAGCAAAUGUGUAGUCACUAUCUUCCAGUAAUACACAAAAAGAAUCCAUUAACCUAAGUUUAGUUCUUAUCCCACUCCUCAGUCCAAGUGAUUUCCACAAUUAGCUCUGAUUUUUAUCAAACUGUACUUAAGAUUUUCCAAGAGAGAACUUAGUUCUCUAUGACAUCACUGAGUCCAUUAUUGUCAUUUGUAAUUAGCAACUAACUAUGUAGAUUUGGAAAAUAUAGGGUUGACUAAACUAGAGCUAACAUUACAUUUUUUUUCAAGGCAGAAGUUGUCAUAUAUAGUAUUUGUGUGUCAAAAUAAACCUUUUGCCUUCACAAAAUAUUAUUAUGCAGAAACUAUAAGCUUUAUUGCCAAAUUUAAAAUUAACAAUAUUACAUAACUAAGAUUUAAAAGUAAUUUAGAUGAACAAUAUUAGCAGACAAUCAUUUGUUCAACAUCCCAUGAUGGGAAGAUUUCUUUUAGAAUCAAUCUUUGGACUCUGAGAUCUGGAUUAAUAAGAAUAUUUGGGUCCCAAGUGACUUUUCAGUUUAGGUAAUGAAAUGAGGCAGAAGUUAGAAGACUGUUGAUUUCUUUUGAAUAGAUAAAGAGUAAAUGUCUCUAUUUUGUCACAUAAAUUCCCACAAAACCAUUUAAGAAAGCUUUUAAUAGUCAUUUUUAAUCACCUGAAAUGAAAAAAAAAAUUCUUUCAAUUUUAUUGAAUGGAUUCUGCAAAAACACAAUACACUUAUUCCUUAUCUGUGAGACUGGACUCAUUCUCUCUUUUGCACAAAAAGGGAGCUAUUUAUUGUUAAAAUAGUUUGUUUCCUUGUUCUGGUAAUAUGAGGCCUGUGACAAAUAAUGAAAGGCACAACUGAUGUAAUAGCCUCGCUAACCCUUAGAUUAAGGGUUGUUUUUUUUCCAUCUUCGUCCAUUUGAGGUAUACCUGUAGUGAUUUUUUUCUACUUUUGCUAAUAGCUGGCUUUUCAAGAUAUUUCCCUACUCAAGUUUUUAUGUAAUUCUCCAUCUUAAUAAAUUUCAAAUAGUGGGAAGACUUUUUUUGCCCUCAGUAUAACUGAAUAAAAGACUGGUAUUCAUAUUCUAUCAUUUCUUUCUUCCUUCAUAAAAAAUUCCGUUCAUCUCUGUUCUCAACAAUAAGGCCUUAUAGCCUUUAUAAAAUAUAUACCAGCCUAUUUUGAAUGGAUAACCCAAAGGUAGUUUUUUGAAACAUCUUGGAUUCAUCACUGUAAUUUCCUUUUUAGGCAGCCAAACCACCCCUCCCUCAGAAUGAAACAGUUACCAAAUGUUUAGUUUCUUUUUCUCGUUUGGAAAAAAGCUUUAUUCACUACAAAGUCUUUUCAGUUCUGAGAAGUGAUUUCUAACAGGCUUUUAGAGUGAUGUUUGGUUAUUUGCAAAUCCAAAGAAUGGUGUAUGGAGAUUUGAAACAACCAUAUUCCUCAUUGCAGUAGGGCCUGUUGUCUGUCUAGCCAUAAUACCAUUUGCUUCUGGUUUAAACUAUAUGCAUCCUGAGAGAGUUAUUAUUCAACACAAGUACAUGCUAAAACCUCAUUGCUUAGAAUCCUUGUACAUCUAAUGCCAUUUCUAAUAAAAAUGUUGUACUUGCACAAUUUAGUUUAAAUGUAUCUCCUCAUUAGCCAGAAAUUUUGAUUGUACUCUUGAUAUAUUUGAAUGUGACUGUUGGGUUCAAAUGCACUAUUAUUAUUCAUGUUCCAUAAAAUAAAAUCACACCAUAUAACAUUGGUUUCUGUAAUGUAUCUUUUGUUAAACCUUAGAGUGCUGUUAAUGCAUAGGUUCCUCUACAGAGCAUCUUCUUUCAUUGUUGGGGAAAGAUAUUUGACCCUCUUGUAAAUCUAUGUAACAUUUUACUAUUCUUUGUAAUGUUCAAGUCAUGAUUAUUAAAUAAUGCAAACUAGAUGGUAGGUAUAUUUCCAUCCUAAGUCAUCUUGAGUCAACUGUUUUGCCAAGUGUGGUUUUAUUGACUUGAAAGAAAUUGUGUUGUCCCAUGUGUUUGUGUUAUUGUUGGUGCCUUGUUUUGUGUAUGGUGUUUUUCUUCCACUAUAAAGGAGAGCUACACUGAAUCUAGUAUAAAAUUUCUCUAGAUAACUAUUAAUAAAAUUUAAAUCUAAUCAUAUGCUGAAAAAUUAAGCUGCCAGCUGACUUUAGUUUUUUCAAAGAUCUAUAAAGUUGGUAGAAAAUGUUUGAAUUAAAAUUUGCCUGUCUAAA